AUGCGCUUAUGGUCAAAAUACUUCAUUGGUUUGAGCCAAGUGUCACAUGCCUGCCACCCACUGUCAACCACAACGAGUUCUCUGCUCGGAAAACGUAGACAUGAGAAUGAGAAGCAGCUCUCUUGGGAUUUGAAUGCCCUCUUCAAUGAAUCCACAAACCUCACAGUUGCAAAAGAAUUGAUUGAAUUUAUCAUUCAGCUUCCGGAUGAGGUGCGGAAACCUUCGUGGACCUACCGCGUAGUCCGGGAGGGUGCGCAAGCACCUGAAUUCGAAGAAACAGCACGCCAAGCUGAAGAAGAAAAAUUUAGAGAGCAGAUGACUGCAUCAUUGGCGGACGCAUGUUUCGCCCUACUUGGAGGAGCGACAAAAGUCCGUUGCUCUGGUUUAGUUAGCGCCCUCCGGUCCAUUUACCUUUCGGUAACAUGUUGUCCUUUGCGCAUCCUCGUCAUGCCCAAUAUCGCCAACUACACUACACUCGGUUCCGACGGUCCGGACGAGAAGGAGCAAGGUACCUGUACGGCUUUCGACGAUGCUGCUUUGCAAAUACCGAACCUCAUGGAGUCACAGCGAGCAGUUGGAUGAGUUUGUCUCUGGCGCAUAAAAACCGAAAGCUCCGAGAAAACGCAAGGCAAAAAACCUGCAAGUUUUGUAUGCCGAAAAACAGUUGCGGGAACAAUUUCUGAAAUUUGCGUUCACAACAGGCGACAUUGCAGAAU